GGCCGCGGGGGUCGCGGGGAAUAUCCGCGCUGCCGGCAGCCAGCGAUGCUCCAGGCGUGGUGGAAGGGAAGCUGCGGGCAGCUCGCCGGGGUGGUGACGGGGAGGUGACCUCGGCCACGCCAGGGCGAAGGGGAUGGCAUCCGCCGGGACCUGAUCCAUCCCAUCAUCGGAAGAGUGUUACUGCGAAUAGCCAUGGCACCCCGGAUCAGACUGAGCCUUUCCAAGCCUCUCCCAACCAUACGGGAAACCCACGAGGAAGCGAUGGAGGAUCCAAGCAGCAACCCAAAGUGUGCUGGAAGUGCUGCAGCCAGCCCAGACUCGUACUCCAGCGACGACUACAUCCAAUCCAUCUGCCACCUCGCCAGACCCACCUUCCCAGCCCUUCUGGAAAGCAGACGUAAGGGUAAGGACAGAAAGACCCUGAAGACCCCUGAGGAUGUGUCAGGUUCUCCACCACUUGUGGGGACACAGCAGGAAAGGUCAAAAUGCAAAUUGACCAAUUUCAUCUCGAAUGUGGUGCCACUGGGAAAAGUCUCACCUGCAGAAACCGACUUUUGGUCCAGAGAGGACCCCCUGGAACAAAUUUACACCAAUGCAGGAAAUCUUUGCUCCUCCAAGGCUUCUUCCUAUGUUGAAAGUGCCAGCAGUGGUUACUCACAGUGCAACUCUUCUGCCCCAAAUGGUGACCUUCAUCCCACAAACCUGGAAGAAAAAAACACAGGGAAAACCAGUUUUCCACGAGUGUUCAGUUUUCCAAGGCUUCCCUCCCCAAGACCGGUUCAGAAAGAAGCAGUGUGCUCAGAGCUGAGGUAUCUCAGAAGGGCUGAGGGAACAGUUUUAGGGAAUAACCACAGUCAGAAAGAAAAUGGCAUGUUCAUUAACACUGAAGAGCAAUUGGCACCCUCAGCCAGAGGGAAGGUGGCAGGAAACCCUGCCUCGCCCUGCUCUGAAGAAAGGCAGAAUUUGUUCAAUACAGCAGGCAUAGAUGAAAAAGAAGGAAGAAAAACUUCUCACUGUGACAAAAAUGUCAUGGGUGGUGUUCCCACUAAGCAGAGAUACUUUGAGUCUUUCCAGGUACCUAAAAAAGCCACCAUCCAUAACUGGAUUUCAGAGCACAGAUGCAUCUGGAAAGAAGCAAAGAUAAAAGCUUGUUUGCUCCCAGCCAUUGCUGAAGUGUGAAGAAGUAGCUGCUUAGAAUAAUUUUAUUCACAAGAUACAACCACCCUGUGCUCUAGCAGCUCUCCCUGGAGUUCUCACACAGAAAACAUGGCUUGAACAUGCAUGCGAGUCAGGCAGACUCUUGUGAUCCAUCAUAUCCCUCAUCCGUGGGUAAAGGGACAAUUCAGAGUCUCAUGUGCUAAGGAAACAGCAAUCAGUUUUUAUUUUGGAAAGGCAACAGUUCAUAAAGCAUCUCCUCCCACCUACUGCUGAGAACUGCCCUGAGCAUGAAGAGAGCUGGAGAGAGCUGGAGAGAACACAAAUCCCAUCUGCUGGAGAAGAAGUGGGAACAUGGAAACACCAGUGCUUUCCAGCCAGUGCCAAGCAGCCAGAUGUUGCUGACACCUGAGUACAGUUACUCAAAAAGGAACUCUUUGCCUAAGGCUCAGUACGAAAUGCACUUUCUCUGACACACACAUUUACUGGGAGACCCAUCACAGAUCCCUGCCUCAGCACCAGGAUCCCACUGGAGAGGUCACCCAUUAGAGCAGUAGCAUAAAGAAUUACUUCUUAAAAAUCAUAAGAAGUCUAUUAAGAGGAUUUGCUGGAGGGCAAGGUGGAAUUACAACUCCUUGGGUGGGGAUUUUCCUGGUGCUUACCCUGUCACAAUUCUGUUCCCUUUACUCCUGGACUUAGCCCUGGCAGGAGGAGAGCUGGGAGCCCUGGUGGGUAUUGCUGUGCCAGUGCUGUGGCUGUUGUGGAGCCAGCUGGAAAAAGGCAUCACGUUGGACUCUGCACUGUCACAGCCAGGCUGCACACCACAGGCACCCACAGGAUGUGCUGCUCAGGUGUGGGGAGCCCAUGAGCCCACACAGAGCUCUGCAGGCUCAGAAGAGCAGCCUGGGCUGAGGGGCAGCCUAGGGAUGCUGGGCUGGUGCUGAUAGAACCUGAAUGUAAAAUAAUAACUCGUGUUUCCUAUCAUACCUGUGCUUCUGUAUUCUCGCUUACCUGACUGUGCUGAUGAUGUGGAGCGAGCUUUGCUUCAUGCUGCAAGACUGAAACGUGGAAAAAAGCAAAUGUGCAUGUCCCAGCCACCCAGCACCCAGCAUAUACAAACGAUUCAUGUUGAUGGUGUUGCUACAUGGGAUGUCUGUAGGAUGAGAAGCAUUCCCACGAGGCUGGGAGGUCCUGGCAUGGGGUAGUGGGCACGUGCCCAAGCCAUCCCUCACUGCCACACAGAGACUUCUCCAUCAGAGAAGCUGCCAUUGGCACUUUCUCCUGCAGUCAGAGCAACCUCACCCACCUGUGUCUGGUGCCACACUCUCCACAGCCAGUCAGGAGAUGUAGCUGAGAGAACUGCAAAGCAAUAUCAGCCUAAUUAUUACUACUACUAGGAAUAAAUGUUUUGGCACAGCAAAGAGCAGAGGGACCAGGCUGUUUGCUCAACAGCAGCUAAGAUGAAAAACAGCAUUGGAAAGCUGAAAUUAUAAAAAUGCUCACAAGUGAUUUCCAAACCACCCUCAAGCAGAUUAAAUGAAAAAGCAAUUUCUACUCAGCACCAACAUGAGUGUAAAUAUGCUCAAGGAUCAAAAGGUGAGAGUGUUUGAGCUCCUCAUCCUCACAUCUCUUACCUCAAAUAUUUUUUUCUCCUGUUGAAACUCAUUAGUGCUAUGGAUCCGGGCAGCUUCUCAGCUCUGUUUUUGAACUAUCCAUACAGCAAGAAUGGAAGUGAAGGUGGCUCCAGCAUUCAUUAAAGCUGAUGGAGAAAGUUGAACCCAGGAGGUCCCAGCCUGCUCUGCCCCCUCCACACCUGCCCCUCCCUUCUCAGGUAAAUGCUGGGGUUUAAGCAAUGCUUGUCCUUACUGCUCUGCUGUCAUUUAAAUUUCUCUCCCUGUGGAUAUUUAUGACUCUAAUGCCUAACAAGUCUUGUGCCAACUGCAUGUAUCACUGCUUUUGACAGAGGAAACAAAUAAAAUCCUUCCAUCCA